UGUGUAUAUGUCAUCGGAAGUCAUGAUUGUGUUCAUAUAAACCAAGCUCCUUAUGCAUACUUACUUGGGAUGUCUACCGUUGUCUAUUUGACAUCACUGUUGCAUAUCAUUGCGGUUGUCUGUUUUUCUACAGCAGAUUGUACUCUAUCGUCACGUUGGUGGUAUAUUUGCAAUUUUGCGUGCGCUCUAGGGUUAACAAAGCUGGUACCUCCUAGAGUAUAUGGAUUCAUAUUGACUGGGCCGUCCCGUGGAUUACAAUGUACACAUCUUCUUGCUUCCAAGAAAAACAAGGUCAAUGACCAUUCAAGGAAUAAGCGAGCGGUUUCGGAUGACGAUGAUGACCCAACUGCUGUUAGUGAAGCCGAGUUGGAUUCCCUUUAUGUGAAUUUAAAAUCACGCCUAAAAGAAGCCGAAGAGCAUUUACGGUACAAAAUAAGCCGUUUGACUCUGCAUAGAGCUACCCCUUCCUUAGUCGACUCUUUAACUGUUGAACUUCCAGGUGAGAAGAAGGAAAAGCAGUUGCAAUACGUAGCGCGUAUAAUCUCUAAGGGACCAUAUGAACUCCAAGUAUUACCUUUAGAUAUACACCACCUGGACGCUGUUUUCGUGAGUCUAAGUACUAAGUUGGUUGACUAUAAGGUUAGUAUGCAACCAGAUCGCAUAUCGGUAGUGAUCCCGUCGAUGACCGAAUUGAUGAUUCAACAAGCUCGAUCCGUUGUUAAGGAGACACAUAAUGAAGUGAAAACUAGAGUGCGCACUAUUCGACUGGACUUUGCAAAGAAGUUGAAAGGUAUGCGCAAAGGUCUUAGCGACGAUAUGUACUUCCGCCAAGAGAAGGAAUUAGAUUCUAUCGUAAAGCAGAGUGAACGUGUGGUGGAUCAAAUUGCCAACGGAGCCCUCAAGAGCUUAGGAUGAUCAUCUUA